AUGACUGCGUGGGAGACGACAUUACGCUGCAUGUCAAUCCGGUCUGACCUUCUCGAUCUCCCUCUCGCCUCGUCCGCUUCCGAAACAAGUGAAAUAAUCUACAUGCGAGGCACCAUCACUUUGUGUUCAACAAAAGACGCUAACUCGGGUCUGGCGGUCAUCGGUCGAAUCUCGGGCGGUCCUGUGUUGGUUUUCGAGACCUUUGAACCGGACACAACCGUUGAGCUCGCACCUGGUCACGACAAUCUCGACUGCGAUCAGUACCACCACCCUCUUCCUGCGAGUACCGCCAGUGCCAGACACUUCGCGCACCUCCGCAGUGGUGACACAAUUUCGUAUAACGCUUACGGCUUGAAGCUCGCCAUCCACAUGCAAAGGACGCCACUCGACAUAACUCCUGACAAGGACACUCAGUCUCAGACGCCAUCAGAAUCAUCCUCGAUGGCAGCCUUCGGUGCAGACCAGGUCCAGGCCGUGAAUACUUCAUACGAGACCAUCGCUACCCAACCAUUGAGUCAGCCUCUUGUCGAAGAUAGUGAGACCGACGUCGAUGAGGAUGAUCUCGACAUGCCUGCGCCACCUCCAGCUCCAGCUUUGCCCACCCCAGACACGGCUGGCGUCAACAGUAGAACAGCAGAGAGCGGUACUAUCGAGCCGGACACGGGUGUCGAGUCCGAGCCCGAAUCUCCAUCGAACAGUCCGCUGCAGAAGAAGCAACAGUCUCAGGAACAAGCACCACGCAAGUCAGACGAUGACACUGCCGCCAGAACACAGGAUCGGAUGCUCCUCGCGAUGGCGACACCGAGCAGUAGCCUGAAGACAUAUGGUAAGAGCAAGACCCGGGACGCGUCUCACACCCCUAGCAUGAGGGAUGGCGAGGCCGGAAGUCUCCGUGGUGGCCCAGAAAUCAACCCCAGGCAUGGAAUGAAGCGCAAAACGGCUACCAGGCCUGACGUAUACGAUGUUGAGGAUGACCAGCCGGUCAAAAAGAGGAAGGGUUGGCUACCAAAAGCCGCCCUUCCCGACGAGGAUACAGCUGUGGUGCCUUCCAACGACAUCACCGACGCUGAUAGUACGGAAGAUGAAAUUGUGGUAGCGCCCCUAAAACCUCGAAAGACAGCGCCGGCAAGCAACACGAUCUCUACUCCUACGAAGCAAGAUCGACCAACAAAGGUGCUCUUCAGUGGUUAA